CACAGGACUCUCAGAACUAAAGCUACUACCAAUAGGUCGUGUCUUCUUGCUACCUGAGAGCUUCCCAGCACAGAGAAAUGGCUUCAGUUCUACCUGCGCUCCUCCUGGGCUUAUUUAUUCAAUAUGCACCAACCUACUCCCAGAUGUCACCCUGCAAGAUUGCUAAUGCAACAAUGGGAGGUGACUUCAAUUUGACUAUCUAUCCAAUGUACUACAAGAUAUACACGCAUUACAAUGUCACGGUUAUGGGAUUUGGCGAGAACGCAACGAUUGUACUGUCCAGUCACUUCAACGGAUCGGCCGUGGGGAAGUGGAUAAACAAUGCAACAGAUUGUGAUGGAUUCAAGGGGAUAAGGAGCACAUAUGCAAUGGAACAAUGGGUUUCACCUUUCAACAUCAGCGAUUAUGUUAACAUCAGGGCAUUCGUGUACAUGAUGAAUGGAACUUAUGUCAAGAACAUAGCCCUCAAGCAAAUGCCUACGACCACCACUCCACCCACCACUACAGAUGUCAAGAUGACUCAACCCAUGAACACCACCGUGUACAUGAGUACGACACCAACAGUCACGGCUCGAAACUCUGCACCAGGCAUUAGCUCCAAGCCACUGCUAGCGUUUGUCUGUAUGCUCCUGCUCCUCGUCACUGUGCCAGGGUUAUAAACGGAAUAAGAAGCUGCCUCUCAACCAACCUAUUCCAAAAACACUUUUCCAACAACCUCCGGGCUUUCCUCUCAUGGUACAGCAUCAAACUGUGUCUUAUCUGAACUUGUAUUUCCUCAAUGAUAGAAACUUCACUUUAUCGUCCCACCCCCACUGUCUCGGGUCCCAAACUGAACCCAGCACAAAUAAAUACAGGGGACAGCAUUCCUAUCCUUGUUGCUCUUUGCAACUCUAUUCCCAUUCAGAAACCCCUUUAGAAUACCAGAUAUAUGUCAUAAAUGCAGCCACCUCCGGUCUUUCCUUAAUAUUCACUCAUUCAGUGAGUUUGAUCGAAUUGGCGUGUUCAUGCAAUUCGAUUGCCUCAUCCAUUAUACUUUCUCUGUCGUUUCUAUAGCAGGAGCCCCAUGUUAUCAUAAACUGUAUAUUCAACCUCUUCAGCACGGAGGCAAAAUCAGAUAGCCUUCUGCAUUGUUGAUUAUCUGUGGAAAAUGUUGAUCUUUUCCAGGUGCUGUACACGAGGUUGCAUGACCAACAAACCAUCCGUGGUAAUAAUUAAUCCAAAAUAAUCCUCAUCAUCCUUAUCCCUCCACUUUUAAACUAAAAACAUCUCUAUGGCUUAUGUUACUUUGAAAUAUCUAUUCCAUUCUGAGAGGUAGAGCAAGUAUCUACUGGAAUAAUAGGUCAAUAACCUAAACUUCACUAAAUAAUCUGCACUUAGGUGGGAAUUAAUAACAGCUAACUCCGAACUAUUGUUUUUCUCAUAUAAUUAAGCUGCAAAACAUAUCAAAAUCAAAAGUAAAUGUUUUCUAAGGGAAUCAUAUCAACCAACUGAUCAACUGUCUUUUAGUUUAUGGGUAAGUGUUGCUUCCCUUGAUUUGGGGUGCAGCAUAGUAGCAAUCUGACUUAAAUCAGCAGAUGAUAUCCUGUUAAUAUUAAUCUGUGUUCUAGUUAGUUUUAUGCCUGAUGUAACAUAGUGUUGUAAGCAUAGAAGUGAUAUUAUCAUAUGAAUUCCUCAGUUUGCAAAUUCAUAUUGACAAUAUUAACACAGCUGAAGAAAGCUGAAGAAAGGAAAGAAAUCAAGGAUUUGAUUCAGACUUUUGGAAUAAUCAUUCGCUGAACCACUCUGUAAUCAUGUUAGUUGGUUUGCAUCCAAUCUAACCUCAGUGAAGUUAUUCAGCACAAAUAUACCCUUCGCUUUGCCCUCUGUCUCGAAAGUGCACUGGUUCAUAUUCAGCAUGGUUCAUCCAAAAUGGCAACUUUUAUUGAAUGCUAUGGUUUCUUUGUUUUUCUUUUGUGUCAUAAUGAACUUUGUUGAUGUUUGUUAAUGCAGGACAUUGCACAAUUCUAGACAAUCUUAGCAUGAUACCAAGGGCAAAACUCUUUUAAGACAAAGACCAUGUAAUGAAGAUUUGCAGAAACAGAUUUGCAGCCUGAAGAAUAUAUAGGUUAUAUUGUCCUUUAAGAUAAAGCCCUGGUGGAUAUCUACUAUAAUGCAUAUAUUACACAGUUUACCAAUGCAAUGAAGUGAUUUAUAAAUAAUUGUUGAAUUCUCCUUAAUAAUAAAAAAUUGAACUUUUGAAAGUCUA